CCUCCUGUGUUUCCCAUCAUGCACCGGGGCGGUUCAUGCUAGCAGCUUUGCCCGGUUGCGCGCGAGCUCCGGUGUGCCCGUUAACCGGCGGGAGUGUCAGGGGCUGUAUUGGAGCAGGGAAGUGUCUGAAAUGUUCUGGAGCUGAUCCAGGAUCAGAGUUGGAACCUGGCUCCUCAAUAAAGAUCUCACUGACCCAUCAUCUUCCUCAUUGUGAUGGUCCGACCAUGUCUGAGCUGUUUAUGGAAUGUGAGGAGGAGGAGUUGGAGCCAUGGCAGAGAGCGAUCCCAGAAAUCAGUCUGAUCGACGACGAUGACGACGACGAACCGAUAUUCGUAGGCGAAAUCUGCAGCUCCAAGCCGACUCCUAUCGUCAGGACGGGUACGGGUGUUGGCUACCAGCGUAAUCAACCAAACGUCACAUUCCAACGGGUCACCGCACAGACCUCACCCCAAAAGACGGGUCCGGCUCAGAUCAACUCUGCCAAACAGUCUCCUCAACUCCCCCUCCGAGGUUCAUCACAGCCAGUCUUCAUCCCAGUCAGCACCCACACGGCACCGCUGCAGCCUGGACCCAGAUUAAUGAACACUGUUUCUCCUCAGCCCAUCAUCAUCAACAAUCAGGGUUAUAUAGUGGCAUCCCCACAAAACUUCAAUAAUAACUCAUCGUUCAUCACGCCCGUGGGCUCUCAGUAUCCACAGGGGACAUCGUUCACAGUUGUGCCAGAUAUAGCAGGUCAGCCGAUGGCACCGCAGGCUGCCGCACCGCCUAAACCGGUGCCAGGUGUCAUCCACCGUCCCCAAGUGCAGUUAAUCCAAAACAACGUAGUGACCCUGUCGAACGUCCAGGGUCCUGCUGACAUCUCCUCCAACCAGUCCCACUUCAGUGCCAGCCCACGCUCUAUCCAGCACAGCCCUCAAAGCAAAUCCGGCUCCGUGAGCUCUUCCAAACACGUCCCACCUACUCUACAAGCUGUGAACAACCGCGGUGUGUAUAACGGAAAAAUGAAACGUAGCACCCUGACUCACCCCGAGUCGAACCACGGCACUUCGAAAAGAACCAAAAUCGACAUGGAAAACGAGAGUCCCUUGGCUAGGAAGUGUCCCAAAUGCCACAUUCACUUCAACCUGAUAGAGCCACUGAAAACUCACAUGCAGAUCUGCUGCCCGAACUCGCUGGACGCCAUCCUUCCUUCGACCUCGAAGACGGACCGAGCCGCGUUGCCGGUGCGGUUGUAUGAAGCGGAGCGAGGGAAGCUCAUCAUGCUGGUGUCGGAGUUCUACUACGGGAAAUGCGAGGGCGAUCAGUCUGCCUCUCGCGAGCAAAAGUCUCACACGACGUUCAAGUGCAACAGCUGUUUAAAAAUCCUCAAGAACAACAUCAGGUUUAUGAACCACAUGAAGCAUCACUUGGAGCUGGAGAAGCAGAACAGUGAGAGCUGGGAAAGUCACACUACAUGCCAGCACUGUUACCGGCAGUAUUCCACGCCGUUCCAGCUGCAGUGCCACAUAGAAAGCGCCCACAGCCCAUACGAGUCCACCACUAAUUGCAAGAUUUGUGAACUGGCCUUUGAGACCGAACAAGUGCUGUUGGAACACAUGAAGGACAAUCACAAACCAGGAGAGAUGCCGUACGGCUGUCAGGUCUGCAACUACAGAUCGUCGUUCUUCUCGGAUGUAGAGAACCAUUUCCGCAGCGUCCAUGAAAACACUAAAGACCUCCUCUGUCCGUUCUGCCUUAAAGUCCUGCGCAGUGCACACAUGUACAUGCAGCAUUACAUGAAACACCAGAAAAAAGGAAUCCAGCGCUGUGGAAAGUGCAGGUUGAAUUUUCUUACCUACAAGGAAAAAGUGGAGCACAAAGCGCUUCAUCAUCGGACUUAUAAAAAACCGAAAAGCCUUGAAGGUCUUCCUCCAGGAACAAAGGUGACAAUUCGAGCUUCGCUCAGUGGAGGAUCUACGAUGUGUCCCUCCGCUCCUGGCAAGUCGUACGUCAACCUCGUCCCCACGAGCCCAGAUACGGUCAAACCCACCACUCACAAGUCCUACUACAACGUAGGGAAGAUGAAGACGAACCAGAGCAAUAAGAACCGCACGUCUUUUCCCAACACCGAGCUCAAAGGACUGAAGCUUCUACCAGGAGUGCACAAAUGCAUCGAGUGUCAAAAUGAGGUUACAGAACCGUACAGUCAUUACCCCAUAUCACUAAAGUGUUUUGUAUGCAAGUAUCGGACGAGCUGCCAGAAGGCUUUCAGAAGACAUCGGUUGAGGUUUCACAGCAGCUCUUCGAAACUGCGACUGAACAAAGUGACCAGACCUCUGCGUGGUGUACGGAGUCUGACUCUUGUCUGUUUGAACUGCGAGUUCCUGGCCGACGCAUCUGACGCCAACCGGAUGUGUGAGCACCUGAUCAGCAGACCCAAUCACAGCUGCCAGGUCAUUUUAGAGACAGAUGCGGAUGUGACGGCGGAGAGGUCAGCACUUUCUGACACUGAUAAGGUCGAACCCCAAAGUCCAAAAGCAGAAGUGAGCAGUUCUGACAGUUCUGUUGAAACCAAAGUUCCUUCUUCACAAGCCUCCUCCAUGGAACCAGGUUUGAACGAAGAGGACUCCCUGAGCAUCGGAAGCGUGUGGAGCGAAGGACGUGUACCCGAGCCGGAUCAGAACCAGGUCGCGCCUCAAACCGUCCACCGAGAACCCAUAGCCGAUACGGAGCAGCCCCGAAGCUCCGAGCCUACAGCCGAGAACGGCUCUGCGAGGACAGAACCCGAGAACGGCUCUGCGAGGACAGAACCCGAGAACGGCUCUGCGAGGACAGAACCCGAGAACGCUGACGCUCCGGUCGAGUCCUGCAUCCCGACGGAAAACGGAUGCACCGUGAGCGCGGACGACUUCCUGAACAAAGGCGAUGAAGCGGAGUCGGUCAGCGUGCACACGCUCCUCGAGCCUCUCACUCCCUCCAAGGUCCUCGAAAGCGACCAAGCCGAAAACGGACCGGAACCGAAAAACUGUAAACGAGACGUGGAGGAGGACAACACCUCAGGCCUGAUCAGCACCUAGAAGACCUUCGCUUUCCAGUAGCAUAGGACAGGAACGCCUCCAUUUUUACUGAAACAGAUGUUUUUUUUAAUCUGACUAUAAAACGUACUUUUACAAUCGUUACAUCACGUGAUCCAGAGCAUUCUUCAGUUCGGAAAAAAAAGUGAAACUUCAAUCGAGGAAACUCAAUUACGUGAGUGUCCUUUUAAAAAAAAAAAAAAAAAAAAAGGGUUUGCCUUUUAUAAAGAAUCAUUGCCCAUUUCAGGAGCAAACUCCAAGACUGUGAAAUGACCUGCAAUCAGCAUUGGGUUUUUUAUAAUAAUAAUAAUAAUAAUAAUAAUAAUAUUUCCCUGUUACACACCAGGAACCUCAAAGACUUUCAGGAAGACCAGAUCUUGGUCUUGGUGUCUGAUAAAUACAACGGAUCUCCGGGGGGGGGGUUUAAGAAAAGAAAGAGAGUUUUAUUGUUUUCAGUGUAAAACACUUUGAUAUACUUCUUUUAAAUAGGAAAAGGAGGUUCUAUGAGUAUCAGUGACACUGUUCUAGUUAUUCACGCUGGACACACAGGCUCAGAGGUAAGACUCCAUCCAAUGUCUUCACUCUAAUUACAACCAAUAAAAAUGAACUUUUUUCCUUUUACUCUCUUUUACUCCAUGCCUUGCAUCACCGUGCUGCUCCAGGGGUUCUGAAAAAUGUAAAAAGAAAAUAAAAAAAAUCCAAAUUUUAGUCUUCA